UUAAGAAACUAUUGAAAUGGAAAAUACUAGAAAAAGUGGUCAAUCAACCAUGUCAAAAAUUGCAGAUAAUUCAGUACUAAAUGGAUUAGGUUGUGGUCUAAUAGGUGCUUUUUUUCCAAAAAGAAAUACUAGCACAAAAAUCAACAUUACAACCAGGUCCAGUGACACCAGUGUUGUCAAGAAUUCAAGAAGAUGUCACACCAGCACUUGUCCGAAGAAUUCGAUUUCUAGCAAGAACAAAGUGUCACAAGUUGCGAACUUGGCAUACACACAAAAGCUUAGAAGAGAACCAACAUUCACCUCGAGUGAAUUGAGCAUGACAAUCUUUAGUCAUCGGAAAUCCAAGGUGAAUGGAACGUUGAAUAAUAGUUCAACAGGCAAUGUUACACUACUAAGCCACUUGGGAAACUUGAAGCUGCAGGGGAACCAAAAUUCCUCAAGUGACAAAAAGGCUAUCCAGAAGAAAGGCAAAAUCUUGAUCGGGAACAUAGCAAGGCAAACUAGUAGUACUGUAAAAAGCCAUCAACCAGGGAGUUCAUUUCGCGGUUCUGCAAAUAAACUGGACCCUGAUGUGCUCAAGUCCAUAGGCAAUGAGCAGUACAGACAGGGGAAACUUGAGGAGGCAUUGGAUUUGUACAAUCAAGCAAUUGCAAUUGAUCCAAGAAAUGCUAGUUAUUAUAGCAACAAGGCUGCAGCUUUGAUGAGUUUAGGCCACGUGAUUGAGGCAGUUGUUGCAUGUAUAGAGGCCGUCCGGCUAGACCCUUCUUAUCACAAUGCACAUUAUCGUCUUGCAAGACUAUACGUUAGGCUGGGAGAUGCAGAGAAAGCCAUAGAUCAUUACAAACAAUCAGGGCGAAAAGUUAACAAGAAGGACAUUGUAGAGGCUCAUGAUAUUAAGAGACAGCUCUUAAAAUGCACAGAAGCACAGAAGCUGAGAGAUUACAAUACAUUGCUAAAGGAAACACAAAAUUCUAUCACCUUAGGAGUAGAUUCAGCUCCACAGAUCUUUGCCAUGAGGGCUGAAGCAUUAAUAAAGUUGCAUAGACAUGAGGAAGCAUACACCACAAUUCAGAAAGUACCUCAUAUAAAAACCGAGCUAUGUGCUUGCCUUCUUGGUUCAGUAAAAACAGUUUAUUUGUUGAUCACUCGAGCUGAGGCCUAUGCAACAGUUGGCUGGUUUGAGGAGGCUACAGCUGCAGCUCAAGAAGCAACAAAAUUGGAUCAAAGCAAUGAAGUAAUUAUCACAAUUCUAAGGAGAAUUGAAGGGUUGGCAUCAUCUCGGUUAAAAGGUAACGAGUUGUUCAGAGAAAAUAAAUUCUCAGAGGCUUCUUUUGAGUACACUGAAGGACUAGAACAAGAGCCAUACAAUUCUAUUCUACUGUUUAACAGAGCAGCAUGUCGAUUCAAGCUAGGACAAUUCGAAAAAGCUGUGGAAGAUUGCACUGCAGCUCUUGUACUGCGUCCUUCCUAUACAAAGGCUAGAUUGCGGAGAGCAGACUGCAACAUCAAGGUAAUUCGACCACAUUUGUUAAAGACAUGAUUAAUUAAGUAAAUAAAAGUGUGCCCUC